UGUAGUAUUUUAUUUGGAUCUCAGGCUUAUAUAUGUUUGACUCAUUUGCUGUAAACACAGUCUUAAAAAUACUAGAUGUGCACUUACAUUCACCCCCAAAAAAAACCCCACAUGUCUCAAUCUCUUUUUUUGGCUUUCAACCCCAUUUCACACCCAGUGUUUGGGAAGCUACUUUGAAAGCACAGGUUCUAACUAUAUCACACUGGAGGAAGAUGAACUGCAGCAAAGCAAACCUAGGAAGAAAUCUAGUUUGGUUUACUAAAGCUAGUUCAAAUUAAAUUUAAAACAUAAUACAAAAAAGUCACAUGCCUGUGUAAAAUGCCACUCAGUUCAGUUUAAAAAAAUGCUCACUUGUUCACAGGUCAUAUAUGAACCAAAAAAUUAAAUACCCCACUAUUACUGGGUAAAUGCAGGGAAUGUCAGCUUUGGUUUUGUACACAGUGUCCAUCAGUCAGACUACUUCCUUCAGAGACUAGAGUUCAGGUGGGAGUAUUACAGCAAACGGGAUUACUCAGUUAACCAGGUAACUUCUAAAAGUUACUCUGAACAUUUGUUAAUAAAUGGCAAUAAUCAAUACCUCUGACAAAUUGUGGUGAAAGGGAGUUCAACUACAGUAGAAAAGCAAUGGUGAAACAAAAUGGAGAAAAAAAAGUCUGCUGAGGCCCAGAACUGUUUGAGGUUAUUUUCAGAAGUUAACUACAGAAUCAUUAUGGCGGUACGGCAUACAGUGGUUAGGAUUGUUGCCUAACAGCAAGAGGGUUCCUGGUUCGAAUCCAAGGUGAGGGAUUUGAACCCCCACAUGCAGAGUUUGCGUGUUCUUGUGUUGCUCAUGUCAGAGUGGGUUUUCCCUGGGUUCUCCAGCUUCCUCCCACAGUCCAAAGACGUGCAGGUUAAUUGGUGACUCUAAAUUGCCCGUAGGUGUGAAUGUGAGUGUGAAUGGUUGUCUGUCUCUAUGUGUCAGCCCUGUGAUAGUCUGGUGACCUGUCCGGGGAGUACCCUGCCUCAUGUCCAAUGUCAGCGGGGAUAGGCUCCCCGACCCCCAACAGGAUAAGUGUUACAGAAAAAGAAUGAAUGAAUCAUUAUAGAGACAUGAAUGUAGUUGAACUACCAGCAAGCUACUUCAAAAUGUAGUUGAACUACUUGUUUAAUUACAUGUAGUUCACUACACUCCAACACUGCUCACAGUCCCAGUCAUUGCAUUAAAUGUCCUCAGUUGUUUGCCUCCUUCUGUUACCCAACUGUGUAGAAACCACAUCUUUUACAGUGACUGUUUCACCACAUUUUUUGUUAAGUAUUGCAUCAGUGAGUUGCCACUUUGCUGCCCUUAUGAAGAUAUGUGCACAAUGCUUACCAGGAAUGAAGUAGAUUUUUUAAACAGUGUCAUUCAGUCAUUGAUUUAAAAUAGACAUAAACCCCUGGAGUGAUGUUCCUGCAGUCGUUGUCAGCAGAAACAAACCCUUCUGAAACAGUUUGGCCUCAGUUUGGCCUCACAGUUUGUGCACGUGUCUGCAAUAAGCUCCCCUCCUUUAAAAUCCUAUAAAUAGAAACCUGCUUUCAUUUUCAGACUGAAACCUGUUUGACUGCACUUUGAACACUAGUGUGAAGAGUGUACGAAGAGUUGCUUUAUCACAUGCUCACAUGUGAUUUCUAUGAACUUUAUUGCAAAAUCUUCCAUUGACAAUGAAGCUAGGAUCGUUUCCCACGUUCUAAACGAUCAAAAUUUUACCAAAAAGUCCGUAUCGUCAGCACAAUAUUUAUGUUAUGUCAGCAGUCAACUUGCCUGACCGGCAUGUGCAGUAGAGAGCAAUCACAUGUAAAUCUGGGCAGUCCUUACUUCCUUCUUUUAACUCACAUAUAAGUGUGCUGCAGCUUCUUUCAUAAACAGCCUCGUACCUUCUCAAAUACUGAUAGAGCCUCGACUGGCUGCUGGACAUUGAGGUGAAAACAUGUCCAUUACAGGAUUUUCAGCAUAUGUGUGCUUGUUUUUUGCCUGCUGCUUCUGCUGCAGCAAAGCCAUGCCAACUAAAGUCAACCAGGAGGCUGUGAACGACAGGCCUGUGAUCGGUGUUUUGACUCAGAUAGUCACAGAUGAAAUCUUGAAACCAUUUGGGAGGACGUUCAUACCUGCCUCAUAUGUGAAAUUCAUUGAGUCUGGGGGCAGCAGGGUGAUGCCCAUCAGAUUGACUCUAACUACCGCUGAAUAUGAGGAUAUCUUCAGUAAGAUAAAUGGCUUGCUCUUAAUCGGGGGAGCAGCAGAUUUGGAGACGUCAGACUUUGCCAGGGUGGCGAAGAUUUUCUACACAUUUGCUCUAAAGGCAAACGAUGAGGGCGACUUCUUCCCCAUCUGGGGCACAUGCAUGGGUAUGCAGCUUCUGACCGUAUUGGUGGCUGGUCAAAAUCUGCUCACAAAGACCACAGCUGAGAACUUAGCGCUGCCCCUCAACCUAACAGAAGAGGCCGGCUCUAGUAGGAUGUUUGAGGGUUUCCCAGACGAGCUGAUGAGGGCUCUGACCCGGGAGCCUCUGACUGGCAAUUUUCACCACUAUGGCCUCGCAGCAGAGACCUUCCAUGAAAACGAGAAGCUGCAGAGUUUCUUCUCUGUGCUGUCUACAAACGUUGCUGAGAACGGAGUCCAGUUUGUCUCGACUAUCGAAGGUAAAAAAUAUCCUUUCUAUGGAGUCCAGUGGCACCCAGAGGUGAAUCGUUUUCAGUGGAACAGAAAGCUGAACUUUCCUCACUCCGCUCACGCUGUGCAGUUAUCUUCUCUGCUGGCUGAGUUUUUUGUCAAUGAAGGAAGGAGAAGUUUACAUCACUUUGACAAUCCUGAGGAAGAGGCCUCGUCACUGAUUUACAACGACACGCCUGUCUAUGCUGCAAACUUCACAGGAUAUGAGCAGCUCUACUUCUUCUGAACUUCCCCGUCGUGUGUGUCCCUCUGUGAAUGUACAGCACUUUACACGGCCUAUGAUGGUUUUAACAACAGCUGGGCCUCUAAACAAAUACUUGUAUAUGCUGUUAUUUCUUUUAAAGUGCUUAUUUGCUUAAAUAAAGUCAGAUAUUUUUCA